CUACAACAAAUUGAAGACGCUCACCUGCAGCAAAGAGAGGCCAACCUCACCGCUCUGGCUGCCAUCGGGCCUCGCAAGAAGAGACCUCUGGAGCAGACUGAAAGCCAGGUGACCCUGCUGCCCAGACAGGGUGUUCAGAGAGUGACUCGGGUCAUGCUGAGGGAUCUGCUGCUGUGUAUGGAGCAGGACCACUUCCUGUGCCACUCGCUCACUCUGUACAGAGCCAUGCUCUGACUGCCUUCACUGGUCACCAUUGGACCGGUCUCAUAAUGAUCUGCAGCAGGUCUUUGGUUUUCUUUUGUACUUUUGUUUCAGUUCUAUCACAUAUCUUUGUUUAUUAUCUCCUAUUUGUUGCCAGUGUGUGGAUCAGAGAUGAUCAG